AUGACUGAAAAAAUUAACUACAAUGGUAAAAUAAUACAAAGUACUCCAAAGACUUCUUCCCUAGGUAGUCAUAGCUGGUGGAUGAAUUAUGGAAAUGAAACAAAAAGGAAAUUUAUCUCUAGUCCUGAAAUAUCAGAAAAGUCAUGUGCCAAAUGUGAGGACGAGAUUGUGGAAAAGAGCAAAGUUGAAUGCCAAAGCUGGAAGCUGUAUUUCUGUGCAAGGUGUUCGGGUCUGUCAACAACAGUAAUUGAUCUUAUGUUAAAUGGAGAACUUCAGGACUAUAGGUAUAAUUGUAAAAGUUGUAAACAAACAAUUCCAACGUUAGAGAACAUUGACAAAAAACUAUCAAAAAUCAGUGAUCAACAAGAAAGAAGAAUGUCCAGCCUAGAAGAAAAGGUAAACAGAAUAGAAAUAUCCACAAAAAAUAUAAUUAAAGAAGAAAUAAAGGAUAUCAAAAACAAUAUUAUGACGGACUUUGAAGAAAAAAUAUGUCGUAUGAUACAGGCCAGGACUAAUGAGAUGGACGACCGAAGGAGGCGUGAAUUAAAUAUUGUGGUAUUUAACCUACCGGAAGGAGGUGACAAAACAGGUAAAGAAAACAAGAAAUACGAUGAGGACAACCUAUGUGAAAUUGCGAAAGACAUUGGUCUGGACAACAUAGAAAUAGAAACAAGUUAUAGACUAGGGAAAAAGAAAGACACUGAAAAAAAUUGUAGAGUUUUAAAAGUAAUUUUGAAAGACAGGAAACAGAGAAAACAUUUACCGGAACACUCAAAAGAAAUAUCAAAAAAAUCUAGUAAGAAAUUUAGCAAUGUUGUACUUUUCAAAGACCUUACACUUUAAUAAAGACAAGAAAGAAAAUCUAAACGUGAAAAAAUAUAAAAGGAAGGAACAAUGAGCAGC